AUGGAGUUGGAGCAUAAGCGUCUGGCGUCAAUCAAUCCGCCUAGGAUCUACGAAUGCGUUCACUUCAACUCAGAAGCGGUUGAAGUCUACGAACCCGUGUCCAGCCCAUACAAGCCUAUACAACGACUCAAGGGGGGAGGUCAGCUCAUCUAUCAAAUCAUUGGAAUGGAGUGUCUGGGCAUUUUCAACGCCUUCAGUUCUUCUGCAACUAAUCGCGGUGAUGAGGCUGCUAAAGCUGCUUUUGCUGACCACGGAAGGCUUUAA